CCCCACGGGUGCUCCGCCGGCCGCGAAAGUUUCUCCAGAUGAAGAAACUGGGACUUGGAGAACUUGCCUAAGGUUACACACUGGUGAAUGGAGAGCUGGGAGUAAACACAGAUCUUAUCCACAGAGUCUCUGCAUCUCUCAUGUGUGAAUAUAAGUCUACUGCAUCAUUGACCUAAGGACCUCACCAAUUGGAAGUUACAGUUUUCACCCUCAACCUACCAUAUCCUUUUUGGUUGGGUUGUCCUACUCAGAAACUGGAUACGCCUUUCUUUCAAGUGCUUUUGUUGUAGAGUUAAGCAAAUGGCUGGUAGUGGCCUGGAUAACAAAUCCACCAAGUGCCCCAUCUGUUCAUCUUCUUCUCAGAAAGAUGUACUUUGUUUGUGUUCCGGUAAACCCAGGGUUUCCCCAAUGUUGGUGGUGGAAAUGUCGCAAACAUCAAGCAUUGGCAGUGCAGAAUUUUUAGUUUCACCAGAGAGAAAAAAAGAAAAAAAUGGCAACAGAGACUUUACCUCCAUGAAGGAUGUGUCCUCAAGAACCUUAAGUGUAGAGAGAAAAGCAUCUCAACAACAGUGGACUCGAGGCAACGUCACAGAAGGAAAAGUUCCUCACAUAAGGAUGGACAGCGGAGCUGCUAUUGAGGAAAUCUAUACUUUUGGAAGAGUAUUGGGACAAGGGAGCUUUGGAUUGGUCAUUGAAGCCACAGAUAAGGAAACAGAAACUAAGUGGGCAAUCAAAAAAGUGAAUAAAGAAAAGGCUGGAAGCUCUGCUGUGAAGUUACUUGAACGGGAGGUGAGCAUUCUUAAAAGUGUGAAACAUGAACACAUCAUACAUCUGGAACAAGUAUUUGAGACGCCUAAGAAAAUGUACCUUGUGAUGGAACUUUGUGAAGAUGGAGAACUCAAAAGAAUUCUGGAUAAGAAAAAGCAUUUCUCAGAGAACGAGACAAGGCGGAUCAUUCAGAGUCUUGCAUCGGCUAUAGCGUAUCUUCAUAACAAGGAUAUAGUACAUAGAGAUCUAAAACUGGAAAAUAUAAUGGUUAAAAGCAGCUUUAUUGAUGCCAACAAUGAAAUAAACUUAAAUAUAAAGGUGACUGAUUUUGGCCUAGCAGUGAAGAAGCAAGGCAGGAGUGAAGCCAUGAUGCAGACCACGUGUGGGACUCCGAUCUACAUGGCCCCUGAAGUUAUCAAUGCCCACGACUAUAGCCAGCAGUGUGACAUUUGGAGCAUAGGUGUCAUAAUGUACAUUUUGCUGUGUGGAGAUCCACCCUUUAUGGCAAGCUCAGAAGAGAAACUUUUUGAGUUAAUAAAAAAAGGAGAAUUACAUUUUGAAAAUCCAGUCUGGAAUUCCAUAAGUGAAAAUGCUAAAAGUGUUUUGAGACAGCUCAUGAAAGUAGAUCCUGCUCACAGAAUCACCGCUAAGGAACUCCUUGAUAACCAGUGGUUAACAGGCAACACACUUUCCUCAGGGAGACCAUCCAAUGUAUUAGAAAUGAUGAAAGAAUGGAAAAAUAACCCAGAAAGUGAUGAGGAAAACACAGCACGUGAGAAGAAUAAUUGGCCCAUUCAAGAAAAAUCAAAAAGUUAUGAACUCAAAGGAAAUGUCCAUGAUGUCAAUGACACUUCAGAUGAGGAGGAAGAAAAACAGCCCACUGCUUCUGCAGAGGAGUCUCCCUCAACCAGUAAGAAGGCAAAUACAGACAACGCGGACACGUGCUGUUCAACUUCCACAUCUGGCAAGCUCCUCCCCGCGGAUCCCAAGGGUGAACUGGAGAAAAGCCCUGUGACUUCAGGCCAAGGGACCACAACCAAAGUCACCGCGAAAUCCACUGCCCUGGCUAAAAUCAAAAAGAAACUGUAAGGCUCCCUCCACUGCUGAAUGGUGCGGAAACAACAGAAACCGCCCUCUCUAGUGCCAACAUGAGGGGGUAGGAGGGAACAAGGACAGCGCUCUACUGAGCUUGUAGCCUUGGAGCUCCGUGGAGUCCUGCCACGCGCGUGUGUGUGCCCACUUAAAAUCCAAGCUGGUUCUCUCCGGAGCAGCGGGACUGCUGCACGUGGUGUUAAAGGAACAGCCAGCAGCAGGCCGGACGGUGGCUGCAGCCGGCGUCAGCUCGGUGAAUGCCAACGUUGCUGGGGGGUGGGGGACGCCCUCCGUGC